UCUUGAGGGCGCACUUGUAAUUGGCACAUGGUUAUUGCAACACGAACGCAGUUUCGUCGGAUUUGUGCCUGAAACUGCACAUGAUAUUUCCCGAAUAAUACACUCCAUACACUCAAGACAUCGAAUAUGACUCGUCUUGCAAGAAAACGCCAUCACCGUGGUUACACUCACAUCCAGAAGAAGUACCGAACAAGGAGAAAAACGAAGGAUUUGGAUGAGAUUCACGAAGACAUGAAACCGGAAUCAUCAGAGAAGAUGUUGAACCAGGAGAUUGACCAUGACAAACCAGGGUCGGGUCAACACUACUGUCUGCACUGCGCGAGGCACUUCAUCAGCUUGCAUGCCCUGAAGGAACACUUUCGCUCCAAGCUUCACAAAAGGAGGUUAAAAGCUCUUGAGCUGGAACCCUACACACAGAAAGAAGCUGAUGCUGCAGCAGGCCUGGGAUCUUACCAUCCUCCGAAACGCAAGAAGGUCACCACCCAGAAGAUAGUGGAAGAUGUCGAAAUGAAUUCUGCUGAGACUACAAAAGAGGAUCAGUAGCCCUAACCCUCCAAGAUCCUUCAAAAUCAAAUUGGGGCGAAGGGUUUUGUAGGAUUGAGGAAAGUAGAGCCCAACAACUGCAUGUUGCUCAAGGCUGGUUCCCUUUAAAGUUAGGGUGUGAAGAAUGUGCCUGCAAACCGAUGGAUUAUGGAGGAUCCAGGAAGACUUAUAGCAAAAGUUAAAAAAAAAUUGUUUGUCAACUGAAGAAUUCAAUUGGCUUAGAAUGGGAAUAGCAGAACUUUCUUUUGAUCUGUUCACAGGACAUUUAUUCUAACUCAAGAGCGGUGUUGGACAAUAAAAGUUAAAGUUGAGAUCAUA